AUGAAGAGCCGAUUUGCAGCCAUAUCGGCAUCCGCCGUGCUGGCUGUCAGCGCUGCGAUGGCCGACGACGCGUGGCGCGCGCCCGGUUCGGCCUUCGGAUCGCCGGUGCCGCCGUUCUUCGACACCGAGACGGCCGAAGUCUUCCGGAAAGCCGUCACCGCGCCGAACGCAACGCGUUCGAUCAAGUUCCAGCCUUUCGCAAAUAGCGGCACAAGCACCAGCCAGCUGAUGCUGGACGAGUGGACCUGGCGCGUCAACGUUACCGAGCUCGCCCUGCCCCGUCUGCCCGCCAACCUCUCGACGGCCGGCAUCGACAGCCCCAGCACCUUCGCAACGACGUACGACCUCUCCUGGCCCCUGGGCGGCAACAUCUCGUCCGCGCUGAGGGGGUCGUCGUCGCCCUUCUGCGUCACCGGGUUCGACUACCCGUUCCCGGCCAACGUCACGGACCUGUACACGGAGGCGGACACCGGCAGCGUCGACUGCAGGCGCGUCCUCGGCGAGGACUGCUUGAACGCGCUCAACUACGACGGCAACAACCUCGACGGGGACCAGUGCGUCGUGCCGCAGUGGGGCGACAUCCCCGAGUGCAAUGCGACGUUCGGCGCCGCGACGCGGGCCGACCGGGCCGGACGCCCCUUCACAUUCGGCGCCGCGACGGCCGACGCCAACCCCGCCUCGGCCAACAACGCCCUGAACGACGCGCCGCCGGUCCAGAGCGGGCAGGGCAUGUGGACGUUCCACGGCGGGUUGCUCAGCGGCACGAACGCCGUCCGGGGGUACACGGACGCCUCGGACCGGCUGCAGGUCUUCAUGUUCAACACCUGGCUGAACAUCACCAACGGCCGGGUGAGCAAGCCCAACGUCCUCUGCAUGCGGGUCGACACCGCGGCCGCACCCCCCGGGACGUCGGCCACUCCUUCUGCUUCUGCUUCUGCUUCUGCUUCUGCUUCUGCUUCUCCUUCUCCUGAGUCGGCCGCCCCUCCUCAGGGCCGCGCGGCUGCUGCUGUCGCGGCGGCGGUUCUUGUAACUGUAGUUGCGUUGCUCUCCUAG